AUGCGUCCAAAGACAAUAGAAGAGCAAUAUAAGAAAAUGAGUCAUAUAGAACAUAUUUUAAAUAGACCUGAUACAUAUAUUGGAAGUGUUUAAAAGAUGACAGAGUUGAUGUGGAUAGUGAAAAAUGGUAAAAUGGUUUAUAAAGAGAUUGAAUAUGUUCCAGCAUUUUUUAAGAUAUUUGAUGAGAUAUUAGUGAAUGCAGCAGAUAAUAUUUAAAGGAAUAAUUAAACACAUAAGAUGACUUAAUUAAGAGUUGAAAUAGGUAACUAGAUUUCUGUAAAAAAUGAUGGAUAACCAAUUCCAGUAGAAAUACAUAAGGAAUAUUAAUUAUAUGUUCCUGAAUUAAUAUUUGGAGUAUUUUUAACAGGGAGUAACUUUGAUGAUACAGAGAAAAGAGUAGUAGGAGGAAGAAAUGGUUAUGGUGCGAAAUUGACUAAUGUUUACUCAAGUGAAUUUUCAGUUGAAGUUUGUGAUGGAAGCAAUUAUUUAAAAUAGGUUUGGAGCAAUAAUAUGAGUAAUAAAUAGAUACCAAUAAUAAAACAGAUGAAAAAAGAUCCAUUUGUAUAAAUAAGUUAUAAACCAGAUUUAAAAAGAUUCGGUAUGAAUGAGAUAGAAGAAGAUACUUAAGCUUUAUUAGUAAGAAGAGUAUAUGAUAUGGCAGGUAUAUAUGGUAGUAGAAUUAAUGUAUAUUUAAAUGAUGAAAAAAUAGCAAUAAAUUCAUUUUAGAAAUAUGUUGAUUUAUAUUUACCUAAUAAUUCUAUAAAGAUUUAUGAUAAAGAGAUGACAACUCCAAGAUGGGAAGUAGUAGUAAGUUAUUCACCUACUUAAUUUUAACAUGUUUCAUUUGUUAAUUCUAUUUUUACUUCAAAAGGUGGAACUCAUGUUACUUAUGUUACAGAUAAAAUAAUUUAAGAAAUUUAAAAUGAGAUGAAGAGUAAUAAGAAAUAUAAACAUUUAGAGGUAUAAAAAUAUUAAAUAAAAUAAACAUUAUGGGUAUUUAUAAAUUGUUUAAUAAAUAAUCCAACAUUUGAUUCAUAAACAAAAGAAAAUUUAACUACUAGAGUAACAGAUUUUGGUGGAAAUGAUGAAGAAAAAUUUAAAGUAACAGAAAAGUUUUCAAAAGCUUUAAUAAAGACUGAUAUUAUAGAAACAAUAUUUUAAUAAGCAAAAGCAAAAGCAGAUGCAAAAUUAAAUAAAUAAUUAAAAGGUACAAAAACAGGUAAAUUACAUGGAAUAGAAAAAUUAGAUGAUGCAAAUGAUGCUGGAAAAAAGAAUUCUGAAUUUUGUACUUUAAUAUUAACAGAAGGAGAUUCAGCAAAAGCAUUAGCUAUGGCUGGUAUAGAUAUUGUAGGAAGAGAUAGAUAUGGAGUAUUUCCUUUAAAGGGUAAAUUAUUAAAUGUUAGAGAAGCAUCUGUAAAAUAGAUAAUGGAAAAUGAUGAAAUUUAAAAUCUAAUUAAAAUUAUUGGAUUAUAAAAAGAUAGAGAAUAUGUAGAUUUAAAAUCUUUAAGAUAUGGAUCAGUUAUGAUAAUGACUGAUUAAGAUAUAGAUGGCUCACAUAUUAAAGGAUUAAUUAUCAAUUUUAUUCAUCAUUUUUGGCCUUCAUUAUUAAAAUAUAGGGGAUUUUUAAAAGAGUUUGUUACUCCUUUGAUUAAAGCAUCUAAAGGUAAUCAAACUAUACCUUUUUUUACAGUUUAAGAUUUUAAUAAGUUUGCUUAAAUAUAAGAUGUUAAAACAUGGAAGAUUAAAUAUUAUAAAGGAUUAGGUACAUCAGAUGAUGUAGAAGCAUAAGAAUAUUUUAGAAAUCUUGUUACACAUACAAUCUAAUUUAGAUAUGACGGUGAAGAUGAUGAUUAAUCUAUUGAUUUAUGUUUUAAUAAGAAAAAAGCUAAUGAUAGAAAAUAAUGGUUAGCACAAUAUAAUCAUGAUUUAUAUGUUGAUCACACAUAAAAAGAAUUGGGAUAUUAAGAUUUUAUUCAUAAAGAACUUAUUCAUUUUUCAAUGGCUGAUAAUAUUAGAUCAAUACCUUCUAUGAUGGAUGGUUUAAAACCUGGUUAAAGAAAGGUCUUAUUCGCUUGUUUUAAAAGAAAUUUAAAGUAAGAAAUAAAAGUAGUAUAACUGGGUGGAUAUAUAGCUGAACAUUCGGCAUAUCAUCAUGGUGAUAUUUCAUUAGUCACAACAAUAAUUGGUAUGGCUUAAAAUUUUGUUGGUUCAAAUAAUAUAAAUCUAUUAUUACCUAGAGGUUAAUUUGGUAGUAGAGCUAUGGGGGGUAAAGAUCAUGCUUCUGCAAGAUAUAUUUCAACAGCAUUAAAUAAAAUAACAAGAUAUAUAUUUCCAGAAUAAGAUGAUCAUAUAUUAAAAUAUAUUGAGGAUGAUGGUGAAAUGGUUGAACCUGAGUACUAUGCUCCUAUAAUUCCUAUGAGUUUAGUUAAUGGAGCUGAAGGUAUUGGUACUGGUUGGUCUACUUCAAUUUAAAAUUAUAAUCCUAUUGAAUUAGUUGAAUAAAUUAAAAAAAGACUUAAUGGAGAAUAAUUUGAUAAUCUUACUCCAUACUAUAGAAAUUUUGAUGGAAUUAUUGAAACUCAACCUAAUGGAAAUAGUCUUGUUAAAGGUAUUGUAGAAUGUAAUGAAGAAAAUGAUAUUGUUAUUAUUAAAGAAUUACCUAUUAAAAAAUGGACUAAAAAUUAUAAAGAAUGGUUAGAUAAAGAAAUUGCUUAAGAAGGUAAUCCUAUAAUUGAUCUUAAAGAAUAUCAUACUAAAUAUAAAAUUCAUUUCGAAAUAUAAAUGACUGAAGGAUAUGUUGCUUAAUUAAAGAAUCCAUAUGAAUAUUUUAAAUUAUUAUCACCAUUUUCUAAUAAUAAUAUGGUACUUUUUGAUGGAUAAAAUAAAAUAAAAAAAUAUGAAUCAAUUGCUGAAAUUUUAGAAGAAUUUUAUUAGGUUAGAUUAUAAUUUUAUUAAAUGCGUAAAGAUUAUCUACUUUCAAAAAUUGAUAGAGAAGUUUAAUUAUUAUAUAAUAAAUCAAGAUUUAUUAAAAUGGUUAUAUCAGAAGAAAUUAGAUUAAAAAAUGUUAAAAAAUAAGAAGUUGUUUAAUAAUUAGAUAACCAUUAAUUUACAAGAUUUUCAUAAUUAAUUCCUGUUAAAUCUACUAAAUUAUAAGCUUUUGGUGAUCAUAAAAAUCCUAAGAAAAAUGUAGAUGAUGAUGAUACAUCCGAAGCAUCUGGUGAUGAAAAUAUAAGUAAGAAAAAACCAGAAAUUGUUGAAAAUCCAUAAAUUAAUAAUACUAAAAUUGAUAUUAGUGAUUAUAAUUAUCUAUUAUCUAUGCCACUAUUUUCUUUAACUAAUGAAAAAGUUAAAAAAUUAGAAGAAGAAUUAGAAUCUAGACUUUAAGCUAAAGAUAAUUUAUAUAAUAAAGAAAUUUCAACUAUGUGGAUAGAAGAUCUAAAUAAAUUUUUAGAAGCUUAUGAAGAAAUGGUAAGUAUAGAAAAUAAACUCAUCAAUUAAGCAGAAAAAUUACCUAAAGAUUAAAAAAAAAAAUAAAACAAAAAGAAAAAUGCUUAAGAAGCAAUGCAAAUUGAAUAAGAAGGAAAAAAGAAAGCUAACAAAAAAUAAAAUUCAAUUGAUAAAUAAAAUGAAAAUAGUCCAAAAAAUGCAUCAAAUAGAAAAAUUAGAACUUUAAAAGAAAAUAAUAGUUAAGAAAAUUGA